GAGAUACUCCUGAUGCCACAUGUGCCCCUGGCUUCUUUUCGACUGCCACUUUGGGGGCUGCGGCCCUCCGCGGCCUUCCCCCGGAUUCGGCCUGUGUCCACCCAGCCAGAGCCCCAUGGAUCCUCCAUCUCCAGGAGGAACCGUGAAGCAAAACAGAAGCGCCUGCGGGAGAGGCAGGCAGCGCUGGAGGCUGGGAUAACGAGGAAGGACAAGUCACCUGCAGGAUCCAGUAAGGCCUGGGCUCCUAAGGAGAAAGUUUUGUAUGAAAUUCCCACGGAACCCGGUGAAAAGAAAGAUGUCUCCAGUCCUCUGCCUCCUGCAUACAGCCCCCAAUAUGUUGAGGCUUCCUGGUAUUCCUGGUGGGUACGAGAGGGCUUCUUCAAACCAGAGUAUCAGGUACGACUGCCCCAGGCCACAGGGGAGACCUUCUCUAUGUGUAUCCCACCUCCUAAUGUCACUGGGUCUCUGCACAUUGGCCAUGCACUCACGGUGGCCAUACAGGAUGCCCUCGUGCGCUGGCACCGGAUGCGUGGGGAUCAGGUGCUGUGGGUCCCUGGUUCAGAUCACGCGGGAAUAGCUACGCAAGCUGUGGUGGAGAAACAGCUGUGGAAAGAGCGGGGUGUGAGGAGACAUGAUCUGAGCCGGGAAGCCUUCCUGAAGGAGGUGUGGAAGUGGAAGGAGGAGAAGGGUGGAGAGAUUUGUGAGCAGCUCCGCAUGCUGGGAGCCUCCUUGGACUGGGAUCGAGAGUGCUUCACCAUGGACGCUGGCUCCUCGGUGGCCGUGACUGAAGCUUUUGUGCGACUCUACAAGGAGGGCCUUUUGUACCGGAACCGGCAGCUUGUCAACUGGUCAUGUGCUCUAAGAUCAGCCAUCUCUGAUAUUGAGGUGGAGAGCCGGCCCCUUUCAGGUCGCACAGAGCUUCGUGUGCCCGGCUGCCCCACCCCAGUUCCUUUUGGCCUCCUCAUUUCUGUCGCCUUCCCUGUGGAUGGAGAGCCUGGAGAAGAGGUUGUGGUAGGAACCACGAGACCAGAGACGUUGCCUGGAGACGUGGCUGUGGCUGUUCAUCCCGAUGACUCCCGAUACACACAUCUGCAUGGGCGGCAGCUUCGUCACCCCUUGACAGGGCAGUUUCUCCCUCUCAUCACCGACUCUGCUGUCCAGCCACAUGUGGGCACAGGAGCCGUGAAGGUGACUCCAGCUCACAGCCCUGCUGACGCUGAGAUGGGAACCCGGCACGGCUUGAGCCCCCUGAGUGUCAUCGCAGAGGAUGGGACCAUGACCUCAGUCUGCGGGGACUGGCUGCAGGGUGUUCACCGGUUUGUGGCCCGGGAGAAGGUUAUGUCUGCAUUGAGUGAGCGGGGGCUAUUUCGAGGGCUCCAAAGCCACCCCAUGGUGCUGCCCAUCUGCAGCCGAUCUGGGGAUGUGAUUGAAUACCUACUGAAGAGCCAGUGGUUUGUCCGUUGCCGAGAAAUGGGGGACCAGGCCGCCACGGCCAUGGAGUCGGGGGCCUUGGAGUUCCAGCCACCCUUCCACCAGAAGAAUUGGCAGCGCUGGUUUUCACACAUUGGGGACUGGUGUGUCUCCCGGCAGCUGUGGUGGGGCCAUCGGAUCCCUGCCUACCUGGUCGUAGAGGAACAGGCAGAGGGAGAUGGGGAAGGCUGUUGGGUGGUUGGACGGUCAGAGGCUGAGGCAAGACAAGCAGCUGCCGAGCUAACUGGGAGACCAGGGGCGGAGCUGACCCUGGAGAGGGAUCCUGAUGUCCUGGACACAUGGUUCUCUUCAGCUCUCUUCCCCUUUUCUUCUCUGGGCUGGCCACGAGAGACCCCUGACCUCACUCGAUUUUACCCUCUCUCACUUUUGGAGACGGGCAGUGACCUCCUGCUGUUCUGGGUGGGCCGCAUGGUCAUGUUGGGGACCCAGCUCACAGGGAAGCUCCCUUUCAACAAGGUGCUUCUUCACUCCAUGGUUCGGGACCGGCAGGGCCGCAAGAUGAGCAAAUCCCUGGGGAAUGUGCUGGACCCUCGAGAUCUCAUCACGGGGACGGAGCUGCAGGUGCUGCAGGAGAAGCUGAAGAAUGGGAACCUGGACCCCACAGAGCUGGCAGUCGCAGCUGCUGCUCAGAGAAAGGACUUCCCUCACGGGAUCCCUGAGUGUGGGACGGAUGCCUUGAGAUUCACUCUGUGCUCCCAUGGAGCCAUGGGGGGCGACCUGAACCUGUCUGUCUCAGAGGUCUUGAACUCCCGACAUUUCUGCAACAAGAUCUGGAAUGCUCUGCGUUUUAUCCUCAAUGUCCUAGGGGAGAAAUUUGUACCUCAGCCUGCAGAGGAGCUGUGUCCUUCAUCCCCCAUGGAUGCCUGGGUCCUGAGCCGCCUGGCCUUCACUGCCCGGGAGUGUGAGCGGGGCUUCCUCACCCAGGAGCUCUCUCUCAUCACACACACCCUGCACCACUUCUGGCUCCACAACCUCUGUGACAUCUACCUGGAGGCAGUGAAGCCGGUGCUGGCCCACACCCCCCGCCCCUCAGAGCCUGCGCAGGUCCUGUUCUCCUGCGCUGACGUCGGCCUCCGCCUCCUUGCUCCACUCAUGCCCUUCCUGGCCGAGGAGCUCUGGCAGCGUCUGCCCACCAGGCCAGGCUGCCCUUCUGCCCCCAGCAUCUGUGUUGCCCCAUACCCCAGUGCCCACAGCUUGGAACACUGGCGUCAGCCUGAGUUGGAGCAGUGCUUCUCCCGGGUCCAGGAGACGGUGCAGGCGCUUCGAGCUCUCCGAGCCACAUACCAGCUCACCAAGGCCCGGCCCCGAGUGCUAUUGCAGAGCUCGGAGCUGGGCGAGCAGGCCCUCCUGGAGAGCUUCCUGGAGCCGCUGGGCACCCUGGCCCACUGCGGGGCUGUGGGUCUCCUUCCGCCAGGCUCUGCUGUUCCCUCUGGCUGGGUCCAGGCUCCACUCAGUGAUACCACUCAGAUCUUCAUGGAGCUACAGGGCCUGGUGGACCCCCAGACCCAUCUACCUCUGCUGGCAGCCCGAAGACACAAGUUACAGAAGCAGCUUGAGGGCCUCAUAGCCCAGACCCCAUCGCAGGGGGAGACUGAUACUCAGAGGCAGCAAAGGCUUUCUUCCCUCCAGUUGGAGUUGUUGAAACUAGACAAGGCGGCCUCUCACCUGCGGCAGCUCAUGGAGGAACCUCAGCCCCAGAGCUCUGAGUCCUAG